CUGGAGGGCGUCAGCAACGCACCUCGCAUUCUAGCCGAUGGCCAUCGUCACGACAGUUCCACACAGAGUCUACGCACCCAGAGGUUCUACACAACGAAAGCGAAAAUAAACACAGAAUUGGAAGGAGGCGUCGUGCGGGCGCUGACCUGGCGCUGGCUUUUCAGGAUCCAGAGAGGCGGCGCGCGACUCCAGGGUCAGUUCGAGGCACGCGCCAGACAGUCCCAGCUCACUCAGCAGGAUCCUCAUGCGGCCGAGCACAUUGCACUCACUGCACGCACUCACUCACAGUCAGUCGCUAGUCGGCGAACGCGAGGGGGCGCACGGAAGUACGUUCUGGCGGACGUUCGGUGCGAUACUGAGGCCGCCGCCGCUGAGGCUGGUGGCUAUAUCGCGGCGCCUGACGUCACGGCCGCGACGUCACCACGAUGA